CUGAACCUGCAGAUCUCUUGAAGGUAUUAGAUUUUCAUAAUUUACCUGAUGGUAUAACAAAAACAACAGGGUUUUGCACAAGCAGAAGAUCUUCGAAAGAAGCAGAUGUUGCUUAUAGAGUAACAAAAGAUGCUCAGCUUAGUGCGCCGACAAAGCAGCUGUAUCCUGCUUCCCCAUUCCCAGAGGACUUCUCCAUUCUAACCACUGUAAAAGCGAAGAAAGGAGGUCAGUCCUUCUUGAUCUCAAUUUACAAUGAGCAAGGGAUCCAGCAAAUUGGUGUGGAGAUGGGUAGAUCUCCUGUAUUCCUGUAUGAAGACCAUACAGGAAAGCCAGGCCCAGAAGACUAUCCUCUCUUUAGAGGCAUUAACCUAGCAGAUGGCAAGUGGCACAGAGUAGCUAUCAGUGUGCAGAAGAAAAAUGUCACUUUGAUUUUGGACUGUAAAAAGAAGAUAACCAAGUUCCUGGAGCGAAGUGACCAUCCUAUCAUUGAUGUCAAUGGCAUCAUUGUAUUUGGAACAAGGAUAUUGGAUGAGGAAGUCUUUGAGGGCGACAUCCAGCAGCUCCUGAUCGUGGCGGACCCCCGAGCAGCCCACGAUUACUGCGAACACUACAGCCCCGACUGCGACACCGCCAUCCCCGACUCCCCCCAGUCCCAGGACCCCAACCAGGAUGAAUACUACACCGACGGGGAAGGAGAAGGUGACACCUACUACUACGAGUACCCCUACUAUGAGGAUGUAGAUGAAGCUGUAAAGCCAGAAGCACCCACCACCAAACCCGGCGCUCCCGAAGUAGCUGCUGGAGAGAGACCUGAAACCAAGCAGGACUAUCCUGCCCCCACGCCGUUACCUGAUGGAGGGGACCCCGGCAAGCGGACGAAAGGGGAUGCUCCGGUGGAUGAUCCUCUCGUGGAUGAGUAUAACUAUGAAACCAUUAACGAAGAGUACUUCACGCCUCUCCCCUAUGAAGAUGUCAACUACAACGAAGAAGUAGACCCCCAGGGCGGACUCACCGAAAACGCCGUGGAAGCUGAACUCCCCACGAGUACCGUUGUCACCUACAAUGAGACCGAUGCUGCUCAAGGAGGAGACGACCUGGAUAAAGAUUUCACGGAGGAAACGAUAAAAGAAUAUGACGGGAAUUAUUACGAUAACUAUUACGACCGAACGGUCUCUCCCGACAUUGGCCCCGGCAUGCCUGCUAACCAGGACACCGUCUACGAAGGGAUCGGUGGCCCGCGGGGCGAGAAAGGACAGAAGGGGGAGCCUGCGAUUAUUGAGCCG